GCUUUUCUAUGGAAAUGUUGACAAGGACACACCAGUGAUGACUGAAUUUCCAGAGCCAAAGGUUGCCCGCUUCAUUCGCAUCUUUCCACUGACUUGGAAUGGUAGUCUUUGCAUGAGGCUGGAAGUUCUGGGCUGCCCUCUUUCAAGUAAGCAGGAGCUAGACUAGAGAGUCCAUAUUACUGGAAGGCAGAAGGAGGAGGAGAGAGGAAUGAAGGGUUGCCUCCAGUGCUAGUUCUAUUUCAUUAAUUUAUAGGAGUCUACUUCCAUGAAGUAGGGACGUGGGUGGCACUGUGGUCUAAACCACUGAGCCUUGGGCUUGCCGAUCAGAAGGUUGGCUGUUUGAAUCCCCGUGACGGGGUGAGCUCCCGUUGCUCAGUCCCAGGUCCUGCCAACCUAGCAGUUCGAAAGCACGCCAAAAAAGUGCAAGUAGAUAAAUAGGUACCACUCUGGCGGGAAGGGAAACGAUAUUUCCGUGCGCUGCUCUGGUUUUGGUGUUCCAUUGUAGCAGAAGCAGUUUAGUCAUGCUGGUCCCAUGACCCGGAAAAACUGUCUGCGGACAAACGCUGGCUCCCUCGGCCUGUAAAGCGAGAUGAGUGCGGCAACCCCAGAGUCGUCUGCGACUGGACUUAACUGUCAGGGCUCCCUUUACUUUUACCUUUUUUUACUUCCAUGAAUAACAUUUUAAUUACUUUUUUUGAAGAAGCUGUGGAUUGUAUCCCACUAACGGUAUUUUCUGUUUUGUUGUUAAAAUGUUAUUGGUACUUACCAAACUUUCAGAUUUUAUUUAAACUGCUUUCUCUAUUUAAAAAGCAGCGUAUAUAAAUAUAUUAAAUAAUAGUAUAAAUAAUAUGAUCAAUUUCUGCCUUUGAGUCCCUCUUUUAAUUUUUUUGCAGGCAUCCACAGCUAUUACAGCCUGCAGAACGAAGUGAUGACAUCAGUAGACAACCUUGACUUCCGCCAUCACAACUACAAGGACAUGAGACAGGUGAGGAGAAGAGCCUCAGCCUUGACAUUUGCUGCUUUCAAGGGGCUUUGGUUAGGUACAGUGGUACCUUGGUUCUCAAACUUAUUCUGUUCCGGAAGUCCGUUCCAAAACCAAAGCAUGCUUUCCCAUAGAAAGCAAUGCAAAACGGAGACUUCCGGGGGCGGCGCGAACGGCGAAUGGCGGUCCUCUUCUGAACGGGAGAGGAGGCUCCACAGACAACGGGUCGUCCGCUACGGCGAAGCGGAGACCCACAUCGGAAAACCCCAGGCAGCAAGAGCCUGGGGUCUUGGGGCUCGGUGGGCGCCCAGAGCGACCCUCCAAACGUGAAAGGAACCCCGUAAGGGGCUCCGGAGCGUGGAGGGGGGUUGCGGCGCUGAGAGCUGCUUCACAGUCCGUGGAGCGAAGCCGCGCUGCUGUUGCCGGUGAGCGCUGAUCCCUUUUCCUGUCAAAAUACGGAUUCGGAUGAAAAGCAACUUAUUCGUGAGUAAAGACUGAAUUACUUGAAAUUAGAGACUUUAAAUGAAAAAUUCUAAUUGGUUUGAAGAGGCGGAGAGACGUGGAAACAGGAAGUCCGUCUUCCGCAGCCAUUGAACUUGAAAAAAGCAACGAGCUGGAGGAGUGGAGGCUGAAAGAAAGAGAUUUUAAACUUUACAGAUCUAAGCAUCUAUUGGACUUGCAAUUGAAGGUAAAGACUUUAAGUUAAAGAUUUGGAAUCAUUACUUGCACUUGACUUUCCUCCUUUUAUUGGAUUACAAAUUAGAAGGUGAAACCCAGAGUCAGGAGCUGCCUGAACAUUGAGAGACUGAGCUGUCAGUAUUGCAGAUUUGGAUACUGUAUAUUGGAACUUGCAACAAUCUGAGGGUAUUGAGACCUUUUAAAUUUGAAACAUUCUUUUUUUGAGACAAAUAAGCACUGUCUGUAACAAAGUGACCAUUUAUAAACUCUGCUAAAUAUUUGUAUCUGAAGGUUCUUGGAUAUUAAAUUAGACUCUGAAAGACAUUUUAGGCUCCUCUAGAGGAUCGGAUUAAAACAGUGACUUUACAUGUACAUUUACUUUUGAUUCCCUUGUUGGCUGCCGCUCUGGGCCUUUCCAUUCCCAUGGGAAACUCAGUGUGACCUUGACUGAUAGAUAACGUUGGAAUGAGUGGCACAAGAAGAAGAGGGUGGCCUCAGGAGUAUCUGUUUCUGUUCUAGACAAAAUCUUUGAAAAAUUGGAAGCUUUGGACAAGAAAGUAGAUGUGCAAUCAGCAAAGAUUGACAAAAAUACAGAAUGUCUAAAUAAAUUAACCAUACAAGUGGUACAGAAUACACAAGCAAUUGGACAGUUAACGGAGGCCUCAGCAGAAAAUCGGAAAUUGGCUGAGGACACCAGACAAAAAUUAGAAAAUUUAGAGCAAGAGGUAAGACCACUUACUAAACAAGUUGGGGAGCACCAGAUUUAUCUUUCUAUGAUAGAACUGCGAAAUCGUGAGAACAAUCUGAGGAUUAGAUCAUUACAAGAGGCAGAAGAAGGAAAUUUAACUGAAUUUUUGACCAAAGAAUUCUCCAAGUUCUGGAAUUUGGAAGAAAAGGACUUUAAAAUUGUGUCAGCUUUCAGACUUGGAAGAUUCAUAAAGAAGGAGAGGCCCAGAGACUGUUUGAUAACAUUGAGAUCAAAGGAGGAAAGGGAUAAGAUUUUGGGCCUACAUUACGGAAAGUCACUGGAGGUUUUGGACAGAAGAAUUGAAAUAUAUAAAGAUAUUCCAAGACAACUGCUGGAUCUUAGAGCCGCCUAUUCUGAACUUGCUAAACUAUUAAGGAGCAAUGCAAUUCCAUUCAGGUGGGAAUUUCCCCAAGGAAUAUCUUUUACUUUUAGAGGGAGAAAGGUUAAAGUUAGAACAUUGGAAGAGAGAGACAAAUUUUUGACUACAUACGGAGAGGACCUUCAAAAAGGAAUUGAAUGACCUUCUGGGCCUGGGGCAACACCAGCAUUAACACCCGCACCUGGGGAACCUGACGAUCCAGAGAAGAUACCACCCCGUGAGAAAUCACCAGAUUGAUCCAGGAUGUCUCUGCAAUUGCUGAGCUGGAAUAUUAAUGGUUGUAACAUUCCGGAAAAAGGAAGAAAAUAUUUCACAUAUUAAAAAAGAACAAUUGGACAUUAUCUGUUUACAAGAAACACAUGUAACGAGGCUCCAUAGAAAAGUGUUAAUAAAUAAAAGAUUGGGCCAGGAAUUUGUAUCGUCGGACAAAGUUAAGAAGAGAGGCGUGGUGAUGUAUGCAAAAGAGAGCCUGUCACCUAAAUUCUUAUUUAAAGAUGAACAUGGAAGAAUCUUGGCUAUUGAGAUACAACAUCAAGGAGAGAAACUGUUGAUAUUAGGAAUCUAUGCACCUAAUGAAGGGAAAUCGGAAUUUUACAAGAAGCUGCAUGAGACAAUGCUGGACUAUCUGGAUUACAACAAUAUCAUAAUGAUGGGAGAUAUGAAUGGGGUCGUAUCAACUAAUAUGGACAAGUCACAAAGUCAAAAUGUUACAAAAGACGGCAGACUACCUAAAACCUUUUUUGAAAUGACUGACAAUAUGGAUUUGAUUGAUAUUUGGAGGACAAAGAACCCACUAGGAAGAGAGGGAACAUUCUUUUCUGAAGCCCAACUGACCUGGACAAGAAUCGACCAAAUUUGGAUUUCUAGAGGCCUGGCACCUAAGGUUAGAAAAGUGGAAAUCUGCCCAAAGACCUGUUCCGACCAUAAUGCAGUAAAGAUGGAUAUGACACUACUACCAACUGGAUCCUUUAGAUGGAAGAUGAAUGACAAUUUGUUUAGAGACCAGGAAAUUACCAAGAAGGCCCAAAAAGUCUUGAAGGAUUACUUUGAGAUAAAUAUGAAUACUACGGUGGAAAAAAGAAUCGUCUGGGACGCAAGUAAAGCUGUAAUGAGGGAUUCUUAAUACAACAGAAUGCAGUAAAGAAAAGAACACAAAAUGAGAAAAAGAUAAGAUCUUGGAUAAAAUAAAAGAAUUAGAGAAGAAAUUAAGAGUGAAUCCGAAGUCACAGCCAACUCUGAGAGAAAUUAAACUUUAUCAAACACAAUACUCUAAAUUGAUAAAUCAGGAAAUUGAAUGGAAGGUUAAAUUAAUGAAACAAAAACGCUUGAGUCGGCGAAUAAAUGUGGAAAACUGCUAGCUUGGCAGUUGAAGAGAAGACAAAGAUUAAAUACGGUUACAAACUUAGAGGUUGAUGGAAAAAUCAUUCAGAAUCCAGUGGAUAUUAGAAAGUGUUUCCAGAGAUAUUUCAAAAAACUAUACACCCAAGGGCCGCAAGACGAAGUUGAGAUUAAACAAUUUUUGGCAAAAAAAUGGACUAUCUAAAUUGUCACAAGAAAAUAGGACAAUCCUGAACUCUAAAAUAACACUACAGGAGAUUGAACAAGCCAUCCAGAACAUGCAACUCGGCAAAUCUCCAGGGCCAGAUGGGCUGACCUCCAAGUACUAUAAGACAUUAAAAGACUAUUUGAUACAACCUUUGAUGGAGGUCAGCAAUGAAAUUAUGGAGGGGAAGAGGGCACCGGAGUCGUGGAAGGAAGCGUUUAUCACAUUAAUACCAAAGUCGGAAGCUGAAAAGACACAACUUAAGAACUACCGUCCCAUCUCCCUUUUAAAUGUGGAUUACAAAAUAUUUGCAGACAUUUUGGCAAGUAGAUUUAAAAAAGUUUUAAAUGAAGUAAUUCAUAAGGACCAGGCUGGCUUUCUCCCAGGUAGACAUCUGUUUGCAAAUACAAGGAACAUUAUUGACAUUUUGGAACUUUUGCAAACAGAUAUAAAUACAAAAGCAGUUUUAAUUUUUAUAGACGCGGAGAAGGCCUUUGACAACAUCUCUUGGAAAUUUAUGAUGGGAAACUUAAAAGAGAUGGGAGUGGGACGGGGUUUUGAGAAUGGGAUUGAGGCGAUAUAUUCAGAACAGAAAGCUAAAUUGAUAGUUAAUAAUGUGGUUACAGAAGAGUUCAAAAUUGAAAAAGGGACACGACAAGGUUGCCCUAUCUCCCAUUUGUUAUUUAUUUCGGUUCUGGAAGUGCUAUUGAACAUAAUUAGAGGGGAUCGGUUGGUGGAAGGAAUUCAGGUCGGUCAGAAACAAUAUAAAUUAAAAGCCUUUGCAGAUGACCUGGUUUUGACCCUGCAGAAGCCAGAGCCAAGUACGAAAAGAGUAUUACAACUGAUUAAUGACUUUGGUCGGGUGGCUGGAUUUAAAUUAAAUAAACAGAAAACCAAGGUUUUGGGGAAAAAUUUGACAGAUACAGAGUCAGAACGGUUUCAGAAUGAGACGGAACUUAAUGUGGUUAAAAAGGUAAAAUACCUAGGGGUAAAUAUAACAGCAAAAAAUCUAAGUCUAUUUAAGGACAACUAUGAAAAUGUUGGACAGAAAUUAAGAGAGACUUAGAUAGUUGGUCAAAAUUGAAACUUUCUUUGUUAGGCCGAAUUGCUGCUAUUAAGAUGAAUGUAUUGCCAAGGAUGUUGUUUUUAUUUCAAACACUUCAGGUUCUGGACAAAACGGAGUGCUUUCAGAAGUGGCAGAGAGACAUUUCUAAGUUUGUCUGGCAGGGCAAAAAGCCCAGAAUUAAGUUUAAGAUAUUAACUGAUGCAAAACAAAGAGGGGCUUUGCCCUGCCAGACUUAAAGUUGUAUUAUGAAGCCGCAGCGUUCUGCUGGCUAAAAGAUUGGCUACUCCUUGAAGACACUGAUGUGUUAGAUCUGGAAGGGUUUAAUAAUGCUUUUGGAUGGCAUGCAUAUUUAUGGUAUGACAAGGUUAAAGCAAAUAAGGCCUUUAAGAACCAUAUUGUCAGAAAAUCACUGUUUAAUGUCUGGACAAAAUAUAAAGACUUGCUGGAAAAUAAAACACCCAGGUGGCUUUCACCACUAGAAGCUAAGGCCCGAAAAGACCCAAUAUGGAGGCUAAAUGGCCAAAAUACUGGGAAAUACUAGAAAAGGAUGGAGACAAUUGGAAAUUGCAGAGUUUGGAGAAAAUGAAAGACAAAGUGCGAGAUUGGUUACAUUACGCUCAGAUUAAAGAAGUUUUUAAAAAUGAUAAGAAAUUAGGGUUCCAGGUGGAGAAAUCGAAACUAGAAACAGAAUUGUUAGAACCAAAGAUUAAGGUACUAUCAAGGAUGUAUAACUUGCUGUUAAAAUGGAAUACACAAGAUGAAACGGUUAAAUCGGCUAUGAUAAGGUGGGCACAGGACAUUGGGUAUAAUAUUAUGUUUGAGGACUGGGAAAGGUUGUGGAGUAAUGGAUUGAAAUUUACCGCAUGUAACGCUCUGAAAGAGAAUGUAAUGAAAAUGAUUUAUAGAUGGUAUAUGACCCCAGUCAAACUUGCAAAAAUUUACCACCUGUCUGACAAUAAGUGUUGGAAAUGUAAAGAGUGUGAGGGAACGUUUUUCCACCUCUGGUGGACUUGCCCUAAAGUGAAGGCGUUCUGGGAAAUGAUCUAUAAUGAAUUGAAAAAGGUAUUUAAAUAUACCUUCACUAAGAAACCAGAGGCCUUCCUUUUGGGUAUUGUCGGCCAAGGGGUGGCAAGGAGGGACCAGACAUUUUUUAUGUAUGCAACAACAGCAGCAAGGAUACUUCUCGCAAAAUACUGGAAAACUCAAGAUCUACCCACACUGGAAGAAUGGCAGAUGCAACUGAUAGACUACAUGGAACUGGCUGAAAUGACCGGCAGAAUUCGUGACCUGGGAGAAGAGAGGAUAGAGGAGGAUUGGAAGAAAUUUAAGAAUUAUCUACAAAAACAUUGUAAUUUGAGUGAAUGUUAAAUAAGAUGCUAGACUAAAACAACUGAGCACCACUAAAUCUAGAAUUUUUUUAAGAAAACAAAUAAGAUUGUGAAAAUUUAACUCCUUUCGAGAAUUAUAAGAUUAUGAAAUAUAGAAGGGAUAUAAGAAUUUAAAUAAGAUGAUAAAUUGCUGAUAAAAUGUUAUAACGAUGAAAGUGGGAGCGGGAGAUGUGAGGAAGUCCAAAGAAAAUGUGAAACUAUGUUAAGACAAAUGUUAUAUUGUUCAUCAGGUCUAUUUUUAUUGUAAAACCCAAUAAAUUGCUUUAAAAAAAAAAAAAAGAAAGCAAUGCAAAACGGAUCAAUCCAUUCCAGACUUUUAAAAACAACCCCUAAAACAGCAAUUUUACUAUCUAAACAAGACCAUUGAUCCAUAAAAUGAAAGCAAUAAAAAAUGUACUGAAGUCAUGCAAUCAAUCAAUCAAUAGCUCAAAUGGGUUCCACACAGUCACAAAAACAAAACAAAAAAGAGCUACAAAAACAAAAAUGCAAAAUAAAGAGCAAAAACAGACAGACCUCAGCGUAACUCUCAAAACAGAAGUGUGGCAGUCAAAACAGAGCACGUUCGGCUUCCGAAAAAAGUUUGCAAACCGGAACACUUACUGCUGGGUUUGCAGUGUUUGGGUUCCAAGUUGUUUGAGUACCAAGGCAUUUGAGAACCAAGGUACCACUGUAUAAGCAAGAAAGGGAGAAAAUGUGGCAAUGACUCAAUCCCAGAACCACUCCCAGUGGCUCGGCUCAAGCAGAAUAGGGUUCCUGAGAUGUCUAUCUACCCAUUUCACUGCUGCUCUGCCUUUACUGAACAUUUGCUCUGAUUUGUUUGCUGGGAGGUUAUACGCCAAGGAUCACUCAUCCUGGUUUGUGGCACGGUGUUUAUUCGUCUUCCCGUUAAUCAUUUAUUCAUCCCACACUUUUCAAUGUCUUUCCCUGUAACUUGCCUAACCGCAAAAGUCAGUCUCUCUUUUCUCCGAAGUGGAUUUGUUGUGCUAGGUCAGGGGUCGGCAAAGUUUUUUGUGACUUGGGCCGGUUCACGGAGCUUCCUGCAGCCAAUGGGAAGCCAGCCAGCGUCACAGAAGGCAGUUCCCGCCCUGCUCCGCACCGGUUUAACGCAGCUCAUGGGAGCCGACUGAGCGCGGGGGGGUGUCCCUGAGCAGACGGCGGGGGUCCCUGGGCUGGUUAAACGACCCCCAUGGGCCGCUUGUGGCCCACGGACCUUAGGUUGCCGACCCCUGUGCUAGGUUGUGCCGGAGUUCUUUGUUGUUGUUGUUGUUUAGUCGUGUCCGACUCUUCGUGACCCCAUGGACCAGAGUACACCAGGGACUCCUGUCUUCCACUGCCUCCCGCAGUUUGGUCAAACUCAUGUUCAUAGCUUCAAGAACACUGUCCAGCCAUCUCGUCCUCUGUCGUCCCCUUCUCCUUGUGUCCUCCAUCUUUCCUAACAUCAGGGUCUUUUCCAGGGAGUCUUCUCUUCUUAUGAGGUGGCCAAAGUAUUGGAGUCUCAGCUUCAGGAUCUGUCCUUCCAGUUAAUCAACUUCAAUUGUGCAAACCUGAACUUCCAGGUCUGUGCUUGACUCCCUCCCACAAAAUGCUCAAUCUGGAGGUGCCAUCUGUAUUUAGAAGUCCUCUCUGCAAAUGAAAAAAAUAAAUAAAAAUUGGGAAAGAAAGGUGUUCCUAGGAACAUUAUACAAAAGCUGCUCUUUUUAUGAAUCGGAACUCCUUGCUUCCAUCAUGCAUAAUAAGCCUCACCUUUUUCUUCUGAGGACAGUUGGUUGAGUGGUCAGCAAAUUGUGAUGCUUUCUCUCCCUCCAGCUUAUGAAGGUGGUGAAUGAAGAGUGUCCCACCAUCACCCGCAUCUACAACAUUGGCAAGAGUUCUCGAGGACUUAAAAUCUACGCCAUGGAGAUCUCUGACAAUCCAGGAGAGCAUGAGCUAGGUGAGAGAUGCACACCAUUUGUUGUUGUUGUUGUUUAGUCGUUUAGUCGUGUCCGACUCUUUGUGACCCCCUGGACCAGAGCACGCCAGGCACUUCUGUCUUCCACUGCCUCCUGCAGUUUAGUCAAACUCAUGCUGGUAGCUUCGAGAACACUGUCCAACCAUCUCGUCCUCUGUCAUCCCCUUCUCCUUGUGCCCUCCAUCUUUCCCAACAUCAGGGUAUUUUCCAGGGAGUCUUCUCUUCUCAUGAGGUGGCCAAAGUAUUGGAGCCUCAGCUUCAGGAUCUGUCCUUCCAGUGAGCACUCGGGGCUGAUUUCCUUCAGAAUGGAUAGGUUUGAUCUUCUUGCAGUCCAUGGGACUCUCAAGAGUCUCCUCCAGCACCAUAAUUCAAAAGCAUCAAUUCUUCGGCGAUCAGCCUUCUUUAUGGUCCAGCUUUCACUUCCAUACAUCACUACUGGGAAAACCAUAGCUUUAACUAUAUGGACCUUUGUUGGCAAGGUGAUGUCUCUACUUUUUAAGAUGCUAUCUAGGUUUGUCAUUGCUUUUCUCCCAAGAAGCAGGCAUCUUUUAAUUUCGUGGCUGCUGUCACCAUCUGCAGUGUCAUGGAGCGCAAGAAAGUAAAAUCUCUCACUGCCUCCAUUUCUUCCCCUUCUAUUUACCAGGAGGUGAUGGGCCCAGUGGCUAUGAUCUUCGUUUUUUUGAUGUUGAGCUUCAGACCAUAUUUUGCGCUCUCCUCUUUCACCCUUAAUAAAAGGUUCUUUAAUUCCUCCUCACUUUCUGCCAUCAAGGUUGUGUCAUCUGCAUAUCUGCACGCCAUUAGAUGGUCUCAAAGUGCCCAUCAGCACAUUUCAAUUUUGACCCCAUCUGCACUCUGCAUUUUAGGCACUGUUCAUACCACUUUAAGCAGUCAUGGCUUCCCCCAAAGACUCCUGGGAUCUGCCUCAAAGCCCAUUACAGCCCUGAGGCAUUGAGGCAGGCGAGGGCAAGUAUUCAGAUGAGCAAACAUCCCUGCAAGCCCAGUGCAAAGUCAUGUUUUUGUAAGUCUGAGUCAACGCAUCUGAUGACAUGCCCCAUUUCCCAGAGUUAACUUGCUGGCACACGAAGCCCUGGGAGUGAACCGUGUAAGUGUAUGAUGUUAACCUAGUUCGAUCAUGACUCUCUUCCAAAAAACAAAAGAACAUUAUUUUAACAAGGUCUGCUCUCCAUAUAGUCGGGUGAGCACGCUUGAGUUAUAUUAACUGCCUUGGGUUAUUUGCUUGGCUUUCACCUUUGUCAACAUUUCCAUAACAAUGUCUGGGCCUGAUGUUCAGAUUUUUUUAUUUAUUAUUUUUAAAAAGUAUGCUUACCAUAGCCAUCUCCUUAGCCUUUUAUAAAUACUGGUACCAAAAAAAGCCCCAAACCUCCUACUCCAUCCCACAACUCCUUUGGAACAAAUCCGUUGUGCCAGGACUUUUUGUAAGCCAGCUUCGUAGAUUGUCUGGACUCUCCAUCUUAAUACUCUGAGCUGGGAAACAAAAGUCCCAAAAGGUUUAUGAAUGCUUGGCUUCUCUGGAUGCCAUUCAACAUUUUGACUGACGCAAUUAUAAACAUGGAAUAUUCCAGUACUGAGAGAGAGAGAGGCUGAAGCAGAGGCCAAAAGCUCACAGCUUCCAGAUUUCUCUGGAGUACUGGCAACAUUUGGGUCAUAGGAGCCAACUCCUAGGGGCUGAGGUCCCUUCAGCUCCCCAAAAUAUUUGAGGGGGCCAGCCCUCCCAAUUGAUGGACAUUGCCAUUCAAAUGGGGUGUUUGCACCAUGCCUUGUGAUCAAGUUAUAUGCAGUGGGGCUUACCUGUCCCUCCAAUAUUUUUUAAAAGUUGGCACCCCUGAUAUGGAUGGUGUGGAAAGGGGGGUAUUAGUACAGAUGAAAAAAAAACAUUAAAGUAAUUAACAGUAUGAGUUUUAGUCAGUCAAUUGAUGAAUGAAUAAUUUGGGUUGUAGCCAAAGUUGGUCCUUCUCAUGGAAGUCAAUGGACAUGACUGACUUGGAUUCCUCAAUUAUUAUUAUUCUUAAAAUUGAUUGUAAAAAAAGAAAAGAAAGUCAACAAAAAAACAUACCCCAAAGGAUAAUACAAAUUACCAAAAAAAGUUAAUUUCUUACAACACAGCUUCUUUUAUGACUUCCAGUCACCCCAUCAAGUGUCCCAGGUUUCUUCAGAAUAGCGCACUUUUCAUUAUCACUCCAAACUUCUCCCAAAUUUUUAUUUUAAUAAGGUUUAUUAUGUCCAUACAGGGGUCAGUCUAAGCCUGCCAGAGAAUUCACAUUUUUUACAAUGCUCUUAAAGAUAUUUUUAAUUUUAAUGGGUCUCUUCUGAGUACAACUCAGCAGCCCCAAAGAAGCUCAAUAGCUCUUGCCUGUCCAUAUUGGAGAGUUUGAGGCUGUCUGGUUAGAAUGCAACAGGUUGGCAGCAACUUCAUCUAGAUUCUCUGGAGCUAAGAAUCAUGACUUCAGUGGUACAUGACACCAGUCAAGCUUGCAAAAAUUUACCAUUUGCCUGACAAUAAAUGUUGGAAAUGUAAUGAGACUGAAGGUACAUUCUUUCACCUUUGGUGGACAUGCCCAAGGAUUAAGACAUUCUGGGAGAUGAUUUAUAACGAAAUGAAAAAGAUAUUUAAAUAUACUUUUCUGAAGAAACCAGAGGCCUUUCUCCUGGGCAUGGUCGGCCAAAUGGUGCCAAAAAAGGAUAGAACUUUUUUUAUGUAUGCAACAACAGCAGCAAGAAUACUCAUGGUAAAGUACUGGAAGACACAAGAUUUACCCACCCAGGAAGAAUGGCAGAUGAAGUUGAUGGACUAUAUGGAAAUGGCGGAAAUGACUGGCAGAAUCCGAGACCAGGGAGAAGAAUCGGUGGAAGAAGAUUGGAAAAAGUUUAAAGACUAUUUACAGAAAUACUGUAAAAUUAAUGAAUGUUAGAAAAAUGUUGGAAUGAAGUUAUAUGGCUUUAGUAGAAAUGUUAUAAGGAAUUAAGUAUAAAUAGAUUAAUAGAGUAUUAAAGGGAAAAAUAAGGUUAGAAUGUGUUAAGAUAAUUAUAGGAUAGAAAGCAGAGGAAGAUGGAAAGGAAUUGCUGAAACAAUUAACAGAAGUGGAAUACAAAAAGGGAGGUGUGAGGAGAUCAUGGAAAUAAGUGAAUGAAAGAUAAGAUGUUGAAAUUGGAUUGUGUUUUAAAUGGUUUUUGUUUUGUUAGUCUUAUGUGUUAGUGUUUUGUAGUGUUUUUGUAUUGUAUUGUUGUAUUUUUAUUUUUAUUGUUUUUCUGUAGUGUUGUAGUUAAACUGUUGGAAAAUUAAUAAAUAUUAUUUUUUUAAAAAAGAAUCAUGACUUCAGAGUGACCUUUUUUAAAAAAAAUAAUAUUUAUUAAAAUUUCAGAAGAAAAAGAUUACAUUAAUAAGAAAAAUAACAAUAAAGAAAGAAAAAUACAAAGUACAAAAAAGAAAAAACAGUUAAAAACAAUUCCAUCUUUUCAUCGCUUCUCUUAUGUUUACUUGUUUCCCGGACCUCCUCAUACCUCCCUCUUUUGUAUUCCAAUUCAAUUUGUUAGUCCAGCAAUUCCUUUCCCUCCUUUUUAAUCCUAAUCUUUACUCUUGAUAUAUUAUAACAUUAAAUUUUUACAUAUUAAAAACCAAUUUUUUCCAUAUUCUUUUAUACCAGUACAGCUAGAAACCCCUUAACUUCAAUCCAACAUCAUUCUAACAUUCGACUUCAGAGUGACCUUACUUAGGUGAGCCUUUUCUAAUGGAGCAGCAUGGCAAACCUGGCUUUUUCUUCGCCUUCUUGCAGGAGAGCCAGAGUUCCGCUACACGGCAGGAAUCCACGGCAAUGAGGUGCUGGGUCGGGAGCUGCUGCUCAUGUUGAUGCAGUUUAUGUGCAAGGAAUACAAGGAUGGGAACCCUCGUGUGAGGAACCUGGUGACGGAGACCCGCAUUCACCUCGUCCCCUCACUCAACCCCGACGGCUAUGAGAUUGCCAGCCAAAUGGUAAGUCUGGAUGGGAUCAGGCUUUGCAGUGUGGAUUGAGAGACUCUGAAGUAGGAAUGGGCUUCGAUUUCUCUCCAUUUCUUAUUUUUCCAGCUCAAGCUCUGUUUUCCACAUUUCCACUUGAGUUCGCGACUUUAAAAAAAAAAGUCAUGAAAAUUCAAUUUCAUUUUAGGGUGAAUUUCUUCUCAUACGCAGUUUUCUGAAUGAACAUUUGCCUGAUUUACACACAUUUUUGCAAGGCGACUUAAAAAAAUAUAAUGCAUCUUAUGUGUCAUAUUCACUAAUAUGUGCAUUUAUAUGCACACUUUAUACUAGUGCAUGCAUUUUUGUACACAUUACCUGGCUGGGGAACUGCACUGCCAAAUUCAGAAAGUGCAAAUUUCGACAGGUGGGUAUGUUUUGCAUCUUGUUUCAGAAAGUGCAAAUUGGGUACAUUUGCCAUUAAAUGUACCGUAAAUUUAAUUUAGUUUAUCCCCCAUCCCAACUCUAAAGAGAGGGAAGAGAAGUAAGGGUUGGAGCGGGGGAGGGGGUUUAGAUUGAAGAAAACUCUAUCAUCUAUCUAUCAUCUAUCUAUCAUCUAUCAAUCUGUCUAUCUAUAUCUAUCUAUCAUCUAUCUAUCUAUCAUCUAUCAUCUAUCUAUCUAUCAUUUAUCUAUAUCUAUCUAUCAUCUGUCUAUCUAUCAUCUAUCAUCUAUCUAUCAUCUAUCUAUCAUCUAUCUAUCUAUCUAUCUAUCAUCUAUCUAUCUAUCUAUCUAUCUAUCUAUCUAUCUAUCUAUAUCAUCUAUCUAUCUAUCAUCUAUCAUCUAUCUAUCUAUCUAUCUAUCUAUCUAUCUACUCUCUCUCUCUUUCUCUCUGUCUCUCUCUCUGCCUUCUGAAAAGGGAUUCAUAAUGUUUUACUGGUCUUGCUAGCCAAACUAAAGAUGGUGAUGGGCAGGAUCUAGUUAUGGUUGUUCUGUAGCAGUUUGUAUUGAGCAGUAUUAAUUGUUUGCUCAAUAUGUUUGUUUUUGCCUCGUUUACAUGCUGUUGUGUUUUUUGAUAUGAUUAUAUAGACUAAAACGUUUGCUAUUUUUUAAAUGCUAUUGUUAAUAUUGUGAGUCAGUUUGGGCUCAACGUUGUUGCUGGAAAAGUGAAAAAAAGUUAAAUAUCAAACUUCUGCAGCAAAAUGACCCAACAACCCCCAGGCUUCCAUUCUACCCUGUGCAGCUGGGGAAGAGGCAAAUAUCCCUAUGCCACUGCCAAAACAACACUCUCCCAUCCCUGCAGCUCCAAGGCUGGAGGAAUGCCAGUCGUUCAACAUACUCACCAGAGGACAGUAGUACCAAGCACACAUUUGAAAGCCUGCUUGUAAUUGAGGCUACCUGAAGAGCAAACCUGUGAUUUUUGUCACCAGUGUGAAUAACCGUGAGACCACAUCCUCUUUCUCUUUGCAGGGCUCUGAGCUGGGGAACUGGGCCCUGGGGCACUGGAGUGAGGAAGGGUACGAUAUCUUUGAGAACUUUCCUGAUCUCAACAGCGUCCUCUGGGCUGCAGAAGAGAGGAAAUGGGUACCGCACAAAGUCCCCAACCACCAUAUCCCCAUCCCUGAGCACUAUCUCGCAGAGGACACUGCUGUAAGUAUUCUCUUGCUUCCGUACAAGCUUGACUUGGCAUUCAAAUCCUGAAAAGGGCAGCUGCGGGAGAAUAGACGGACGCGGGUGGCACUGUGGGUUAAACCACAGAGCCUAGGACUUGCCGAUCAGAAGGUCGGCGGUUCAAAUCCCCGUGACGGGGUGAGCUCCCAUUGCUCGGUCCCUGCUCCUGCCCAUCUAGCAGUUUGAAAGCACACCAAAGUGCAAGUAUAUAAGUAGUUACCGCUCCGGCGGGAAGGUAAACGGCGUUUCCGUGUGCUGCUCUGGUUCGCCAGAAGCGGCUUAGUCAUGCUGGGCACAUGACACGGAAGCUGUACGCCGGCUCCCUUAGCCAAUAAAGUGAGAUGAGCGCUGCAACCCCAGAGUCGGCCAUGACUGGACCUAACAGUCAGGGGUCCCUUUACCUUUACUCUCCCCACUGGGAAACAAUUUUUUUGUUGCAUUGACACUGGCAGUUGUUCUAACCUAAUUUCAACGUGCUGAUUUCAUAUCUGAAGUUGGUUUUGUUCUGUAAGCUCUAGGUUUUUUUUUGCAAUUCAUGUUUUUCACUUUUCACCAUAAUCUUUGUUUUUCACAAUGCAAGAAUUCAAUAUUUUAUUAAACACAUAGCCAAAGUAGUAGAAUAUGAGUAUAAAUGUAAGCGACUUAUAUAGCACUGAACAUGAACAAUAAUUACCAUGUGGUUAGGGUAGAUCAACAUGUCAGUGUCCACUUAUCCCCAGUGUAAAUCUGACUUAUCGGCAAAAGUCGGAAAUUGAAAGAGAAGUAUAGCAUGUACACAAAAAUCAAUUUCAGAUUUGAAAUCAGCAUUGACAGAACAUAUAAGAACAGUUGAAAAAUCUCAUGCAACAGAAAAUGGGGAAAAAAAAAUGUUCCCCAGUGUUGGUUUUUAUUUAUUGAAUUGGUCUACAAAGGCAUUGCAUUGGCUUACUUAGCAAAUGGAUACAUUUGGGGGAACUUUGGUUAACAGCUUGUGGUUCACCUGGAGAUAACUAAGCCACGAGCCUGGGGUGGGGUGCAGGGGUGUACCUAGUUGCUCCGGCACCCAGAGUGGUGGGGGCAGGGCGAGCCGUCCAUGGGGGCACCGCGGUAAGAUGCCCACGGAGUCUGCCUGGCGGACGCCAGCCCCAUGCUGCUCUUUUGGGCAGCGUGGGCCACUGCAUCACUCCCAGGAGAGAUGUGUGACUCAGGCGUGCUGCAGGCCAGGUUCUGCGGUAAGUACCACCCCCCGCGGUGUGCCAUUUUGUCACCCCCUCAGGGAUUACACCCGGGGCGGACCGCAUCCCCAUCCCACCCCCUUCCUACGCCCCUGGUGGGUUGACACACUAAGCCCAGCAAUGGCUCUGUUCAGCACAGCAUAGCAGCAGAAUGUUUGCUUGUUUGUGCCAAGUUCGGCUUAGUGCUGUGUGCAAACCAUAUAUAUAUACAGUGGUACCUCAGGUUACAUACGCUUCAGGUUACAUACGCUUCAGGUUACAGACUCCGCUAACCCAGAAAUAUUACCUCGGGUUAAGAACUUUGCUUCAGGAUAAGAACAGAAAUCGUGCUCCGGCGGCAGGGCAGCAGCAGGAGACCCCAUUAGCUAAAGUGGUGUUUCAGGUUAAGAACAGUUUCAGGUUAAGAACGGACCUCCGGAACGAAUUAAGUACUUAACACAAGUUACCACUGUAUAUGGAAAACAACUACCUUGACAUGGGGAUUUUUUUGGUGGGCAGAGCUGGGCAGAUGAGGCAGAGUUUAGAGCACUGAGACUUUUUUGGAAGAAGCACAGAUGUUGUUGCUUAAGCCAGAAAUUUCCCUGUUCUGUAAGCGGCCUUGUGUUCUUCCGGUUAAAGCUGCCAUGCCAAAAAUUAAAAUGCCUCUUCUUUCCGCAACAACAAAAUCUUAGAGCCGGUUCUUCCAACAACAAUAAAAUCUUCGGGUAAAAAUACAGUGCUCACAGAAAAAUUGUGCUUGCUUUAAUUAUACUCACUGCUUUUAUGUUAGGGUGUGUUAAUGUUCUUGUAUUGCUUUAAUUUUUGAAAUCUUAACUUUUUUUGCAAGUUGCUUGGAAACUUGCUGGAAGACAGGUUUCAAAUCAAACAAAUAAAUUAAUUAAUAGGAAGUGAGCUGAUCCCUAUCCCUUCUGGGCCACAGCUUGCUUACGUGUGUGAGUGCUUAUUUAUUUAUUUGCAUUAAAAACAAUAAAACAGUAUUAUAAAAGCAGAGAUACAGCCAUAAUACCCAGCACCACAGUACUUUAACUACAGAUAAAGUUUGCCUUUGACUGGCUUUGUCUCAGUGUGGUCACAAAAGACUUUGCCACCUGAUUAUUUUAAUGGUAGGAACAGAACUACCUAAAUUGUAUCGAAAUUUAUUCAUGUAUGCUACUACAGCAGCAAGAAUGUUACUUGCCCCAAAGUGGAAAGAAGCAGAAAUCCCAGUAAAGGAAGAAUGGAUACAAAAACUUAUGGAAUAUGCAGAAAUGAUGAAACUUACCAGAAGAAUAAGAAAUCAAGAUAACAAGCUUUUUAGAAAAGAAUGGAAAUGGUUAAUUGAAUAUUUACAGAUAAAUUUACAGAUUUACAAAAAUACAGAUAAAUUUAUAGAUAAACACAUAAGAGCAUUAGCAGGAUUAGUAUAAUAACCUGCAGUUUUAUAAGAGUAUAUAUUUACAGUAGAUAAUUAAAUGAGCAAAUUAAGUCAAUUUGGAUAUGCAGAAGAAAUAAAUUUAAGGGACCACAGAAUGAGGGGGAAGGAAGUCAAAUUUUGGAACGUCAAAUUGAUUGCGAAACGAAUGAACAGUAUUAACUUGAAAAGUAUAAAUAAAAAACUAAAACUGAAAUAAAAUAGUAGGUGGCAAGGCUUGAACCUGCGGUUGUCUUCUGCAUGCAGAAUAUGUGCUUUGCCCCUGAGCUACAAAUUUCUGUGCCUGUUGGCCCCACUUUGACUACAGCCCUUCACACCUGUCCUGUGUGGUCUCCCUUUUCUCCCUCUCCUUUCUCCCUUCUCCAGAUGGCAGUGGAGGUGAAAGCCAUCAUGGCCUGGAUGGAAAAGAACCCUUUUGUCCUUGGCGCCAACUUCCACGGUGGGGAGAAGCUCGUCUCCUAUCCCUAUGACAUGGCUCGCCCCGUCAACGAGAAUGAAGUGGCACCUCCAGUGCUGGAUGAUUACGAAGAGGAGAACCCGGAAACCAGGGAGACCCCGGACCACGCCAUCUUCCGCUGGCUGGCCAUUUCCUAUGCUUCGGCCCACCUCAGCAUGACCGAUACCUUCCGGGGAGGUUGCCAUUCCCAGGAUAUGACCAACGGGAUGGGGAUCGUCAACGGCGCCAAGUGGCACCCUCGGGUGGGCAGUAAGUGUUGAAGAAUGGGGGAGAGGUGGGAUCAUCAUCAUCAUCAUCACCAUCUUGGAGUUGCUGCCUGUCCGGCACGUUUCCUCUGUGCAAAAAUUCUUCCAGGCAGUAGCAGAGCUAGCAGCAGUUGCUUCCAUGUGAGAAGAAGGGGAAAGUCCACACACUAUUCUUUCUAUCUAAACAGCGUUUUAUUUACAUCAGCAGGCAAAAGAACAAACGAUUCCACCAGAACUUGGAAACAUGCCCCUCUUACCCAGCAAAUAAUAAUAAUAAUAAUAAUAAUAUAAUAAUAAUAAUAAUAAUAAUAAUAAUAAUAAUAAUAAUAAUAAUAAUAAUCUAUACCCCACCCUUCUCGGUUCAGAAAACCAGGCUCAGGGUGGCUAACAACAAUUUUAAAAUACUUAAUUGAUGCAACAAAAAACAGCGUAAAAUACAGGAUAAAAUGUGAAUAACAAUAAAUUCAGAAUUCAAAAAUCAACUUAGGGAGAAAAUCCAUCCAAUAAACAUUAGAUGAUCACUAGGGCUAGCUGACUAAAUUAGUCCUAUUUGGGCCAGCGAGGAGACCAGGGGAGAAUUAGCUGUGGGGUCUCAGAGCGGGUAAUCUUCAUAAAAGGGGAGGGAAGGAAGGGGAAUAAAAGAUCAGGCUAAGUUCAAAUUGAAAGCCAGGCAGAAUAGCUCUGGAUGAAUGGAGACAACCUAUGGGCAUAAUCUGAGUCACUGAGGAUGGUAAGGAUGUGCAGGAUAGGGAUGCACACUUAGAAAUGUUUCCUCUUAUUUCCCAUUCAUUAGUGUCUCAUUUCGCUUCACAGUAGAAAACCAGCUUGUCCUCUGGUGCCUGUAACUUUGGCGUUUUCCAGCCAAAUGGCACAGCAUUUUCGGGUGUUUUUUUAACGAAAGCCAAGCCAUGUAAGAUUCUCUGUUUUAUAAGCAAUUAAAAAUGGGGCAUGGGGACGCGGGUGGCGCUGUGGGUUAAACCACAGACCCUAGGACUUGCUGAUCAGAAGGUCGGCGGUUCGAAUCCCCGCAACGGGGUGAGCUCCCGUUGCUCAGUCCCAGCUCCUGCCAACCUACCAGUUCGAAAACACAUCAAAGUGCGAGUAGAUAAAUAGGUACCACUCCGGCGGGAAGGUAAACGGCGUUUCCGUGCACUGCUCUGGUUCGCCAGAGUCAUGCUGGCCACAUGAGCCGGAAGCUGUACGCCGGCUCCCUCACCAAUAAAGCGAGAUGAGCGCCGCAACCCCAGAGUUGGCCACGACUGGACCUAAUGGUCAGGGAUCCCCUUUACUUUUUAAUAAUAAUAAUAAUAAUAAUAAUAAUAAUAAUAAUAAUAAAUUUUAUUUAUACCCUGCCCUCCCCGGCCAGAGCCGGGCUCAGGGCGGCUAACAUCAAUAAAAUUUCAGUAAAAACAUAAUAAGAAAAAAAAGAAAAAGGAAAAAAACACAAUUUAAAAUACAGGUUAAAAUGCAAUUUAAAAUGCAGCCUCAUUUUAAAAGUCAAAACCAUAAGGGGAGGGAAACGUAAGGGUCAGGCUGUGCCCUGGCCAAAGGCCUGGUGGAACAGCUCUGUCUUGCAGGCCCUGCGGAAAGAUGUCAAGCCCCGCAGGGCCCUAGUCUCUUGUGACAGAGCGUUCCACCAAGGUGGGGCCAGUACUGAAAAGGCCCUGGCCCUAGUUGAGACCAACCUAACCACCUUGUGACUUGGGGCCUCCAGAAUAUUGUCAUUUGUGGACCUUAAGGUCCUCCGCAGGGCAUACCAGGAGAGGCGGUCCCGUAGGUACAUGGGUCCUAGGCCGCAUAGAGCUCCUCUUCACAGCCACCUAAUCCCCUCUUUACGACCACCUAAGCUAAUGGCUGUCACCACAUCUCGGCAAUAUAGUCUCUUCCAUCUGUCCUUGCAGCCAUGAAUGAUUUCAGCUACCUCCACACCAACUGCCUGGAGCUGUCCAUCUACCCAGGGUGCGACAAGUUCCCCCAUGAAAGUGAAUUGCCGCAAGAGUGGGAAAACAAUAAGGAAUCAUUGCUGACAUUCAUGGAACAGGUAAGGUCCAGCUUGGGGGUGGUGGUGAUGGGAGGUCAAGGACCCCUGAGCAAUGAGGAGUGGGUGGCAAAUAAACAACUCACCCCGAGUCAGUUAAUGCUGACUUUAAAACUCUCCCAAGGCUACACACCUUCACUGGCCCUGCUUCACACUCUGAGUGUUUUUGCCUGGCUGAAACAUGUCCUGAAAGGCCGAUGUUGCCUCUGGCGUAUCUGGUGACAGGAGCGAGCCAGCAGUAACCCCACUGAGCACAUUGGGAGUUCUCUUUAUUGGGAAAAAAAGGGUCUGUACAGGAGUGUCAGGCCUAAUGAGCUCAGUAGCUGCUGAGGCUGAAGGUCCCUGCCUCCCCACGGCUGCCUAAGUCCCCUCCUCUCCAGAGUUUUCCCCAAGCAAUCUGAGGCUGAGCCUGCAUGAAGCUACCUCCACCCUCUUCAUGCCUCUACUGGUUCUGGGAGACCAGAGGGGAGCUUGUCGCAGCAGGAGGGGGACAUUCCUGCCUCCUCACCAGCCAGACCUACCUUUGCCUAUUGGUCUCCCUCCUCUCCUGCAUCUCAUUCUGGACUUCUCUCUGCUACCAACUCCCCCUGCUCACCGAGCCCUGUCACCUCUUCAGCUUCCGACAUCCCCUUCCAGUCUUCUCCUUCUGACUACUCAUUGUCGACCCACCACCAAUCCCCUGGCUCUGAGCCUUCUUCCCUUUGGGGUUCUCCAACUGGUUCUCCCCCAGUGUGGUGUAGUGGUUAGGAAUGGUAGACUCGUAAUCUGGUGAACCGGGUUCGCCUCCCCGCUCCUCCACAUGCAGCUGCUGGGUGACCUUGGGCUAGUCACACUUCUCUGAAGUCUCUCAGCCUCACUCACCUCACAGAGUGUUUGUUGUGGGGGAGGAAGGGAAAGGAGAAUGUUAGCAGCUUUGAGACUCCUUAGGGUAGUGAUAAAGCGGGAUAUCAAAUCCAAACUCUUCUUCUUCUUCUCCCCGCCCCCCAAUUUUUCUGCAUCCAACCAGUUCAUGACAUGUUGAUGGAGAGGUGUGUGUAGAAGCCGUACAAGUAAAAUUGACAGUCAUUACUACGUUGUCAGGGACUGGACCGAGGAGGAAUGGUGGAGACCGCCUCCCCAGCCUGACCCUUCCAGAGAAGAAGACAGUUCAAAAUUACAACAGGGGUUUGAGGGAGAUCAUAGCUCAGAGGCAGAUGAGAGGAAAAGCUGGGAAAUAAUGGGAGAGGAGGAAGAAGCAGUUGAAGGACAUAGUGUCUUUAGAAAGCAUUCCAGGCCCUCUCUCUCCCAGAACCUGGUGGGCAUUGAAAGUAGGAGAGCAGAGACCUCAGAAACAGAGGGCACAUUUCAGCACCCGUAGUUAUGACGCAUAAUGGGAGAGACGGAGGGGGGUGGAGACUCGGAGCCAUUAUUCCGACAGGCCACAUUCCCAAGCCUCUCUCUCUGAUAUUUUGAAUAAAAGUAGAUAGUAAGGACUUUCUCUUGUCUUGUCCAUUCCUGCCAUGGGGGUUGGUUUCUCUGCUCUCUGACAGAUGCCCUCUUUUGCCUCUCACCUCACCCACCCCUGGCAAGUGGCUCUCCAAAGGCUGCCCCAAAGGGGGUGCAGCCCCCUCUAAUUUGGCCCUCAAGAUUCUCCACAGGCAACAUUCCCUCCUUCCAGACGCCACCCCCGGCCCUCUUGAGGGCUUUCGCCUAGCAGCAAAUGUCCUUGCCUGGAAAGGAGAUGUAGAUGUAGGAGCCUCUGACCUUUGCAUGUAGUAUGUUGCAGGAUGGUAUGAAUAAUUAUCUCUUGCACCACUCACAUUUGCCACUACCCCUGCCCACCACUGGCACUUGUGCCCCUCCCUGCCCCCCAGAUGCACAUUAAGGUUGCCCAGAAGGAAAUGCAACCUUUGGUCUGGAAAAGGUUCCCUACUAUUGCCUUGCUCAUAUACUAAGAUAAUCUGUGAACGCCCUGCUCCAUAGGGGGCUGACAAGGACAGACCCUUUCUUUUGAGGCACUCUAACUAUGGAAACACAGGUGCCAGGUGCUGGCUCAGGUGCCAGAUGAAACAAACAGGUAUGUUUCAGGUGCCAGAUGAAAACUGCCCCUAAAGCAGGGGUCAGCAAACUUUUUCAGCAGGGGGCCGGUCCACUGUCCCUCAGACCUUGUGGGGGGCCGGACUAUAUUUUUUUGGGGGGGGGGGAAUGAACGAUUUCCUAUGCCCCAUAAAUAACCCAGAGAUGCAUUUUAAAUGAAAGGACACAUCCAACUCAUGUAAAAACACGCUGAUUCCCGAACUGUCUGUGGGCCGGAUUUAGGCAGUGAUUAGGCUGGAUCCGGCCCCCAGGCCUUAGUUUGCCUACCCAUGCCCUAAAGCUUUUUAGUGGAUUUUUGCUCUUUCAAAAUAGCUUCUGGAUUUUCCUUCUUUUAAUGCUGCAUUUUAAAAAAGCAUACAUUAAAAAAAAAUUGUAUGGAUGGUUCAUUUUACGGGGAUAUGGACUUAUGUAAGCAGUCUUGCAAUUUGUUGUUUUAGAAAAGAUAUAAGUGACUUGAAAAUAAUCCUGCUGCCUGAAACCUCCUCCUCCUUGCAGAUACAUCGGGGCCUUAAGGGGACAGUGACAGACCAGCAGGGAGACCCCAUUGCAAAUGCCUCCAUCUCUGUUGUGGGGAUCAACCAUGACGUGCAAACAGGUAUGUCUGCAAUGCUGAAGGUAGGGAUGUGCAGCCACCUUGUAAUGAACAGAAAAUAGGUAGAUGGAUCUUCCAUACGUUAACUGGCCUGCAGCCCAGCCAGCAAACCUAUAGGUGCCCGACAUCCCAGUAACUGGGAAAGGAAGAGGGCUGAACAUGGGGAACCAGAGGAAGAAUCCAGUUCAGCUUUCUCCAGUUUCUAAAUCACUGGCACAACCGCUUUGCAAAGCUCAAGGGGCUUGCAGGUGUGUUUUUGUUCACCAUGGCUGCUUGUGCUGCGAAUUCUUGGCCUGGGCACAUGUGGGCCCUGGCCAAACUUAUUCCUGUGACUUACACAUAUGCAACUUGUAGACUCAAAAGGGAUCCCCACCCCUGUUGUAGAACACUUGGCAUACCUUGGCCUUAGCGUUGACAAAACAUCAGGAACAAAGCCCGCUUUAAAAUUAUUCCUGCCUCUGCCAAAUACCUCCUGCCAACCAGCCACCCACUUCAAAACGCAGGUUCGUUCAUGAAGAACGUGUUUUGUGUGCAGGACAAGCUUACAGCCUGCAAAGACUUAUUACGUGACUUUCUCCAUUUUAAAUGCCCAAAGACCUUGCUGCCUUGGAGAUAUUGUUGCAUUACAAUAACUCCUGACUGUUGGUCAUGCUACAGUGAGGGGGGGGAAAGUAUUUGAUCCCCUGCUAAAUUUGCCCGUUUGCCCUCUGACGGAGAAAUGACCAGUCCAUAAUUUUAAUGGUAGGUUUAUUGCAGCUGUGAGAGAUGGAAUAACAACAGCAAAACCCCCAGAAACCCAGAAGACAAAAGUCAGAGAUUGAUGUGCAUUAUACUGAGUGAAAUAAGUAUUUGAUUCUGAAUGACCCAGAGGAGAAGUGGGUGAAAGUGUUGUGGUCAGAUGAGACCAAAAUCCAGUUCUUUGGCAUCAACUCAACUCGGCGUGUUUGGAGGAGGAGGAUUGCUGCCUACGACUCCAAGAACACCGUCAAACAUGGCAGGGGACAUAUUAUGCUUUCUGGGUGUUUUUCUGCUAAGGGGACAGGACAGCUAAGUCACCUUUUGCAAAGGAAUCAAAUACUUAUUUCACUCAUUAUAGUGCACAUCAAUCUCUGACUUUUGUCUUCUGGGUUUCUGGGGUUUUCCUGUUGUUAUUCCGUCUCUCACAGCUACAAUGAACCUACCAUUAAAAUUAUGGACUGGUCAUUUCUUCAUCAGAGGGCAAACGGGCAAAUUUAGCAGGGGAUCAAAUACUCCCCCCCCCCCACUGGAGGUGGGACGUAGGGAACCCGAAGUGCCGUAGGAUGUGGAAGGCUACAGGUGCCCACCCCUGCUAUAGAUCUCUCUCCCCAUUAUCUGCCUGCAUGGGAAGAUGGAAACACCAAAACUAUGCUAUGGGAGCACAGAAACCUACCAUCAACCAGGACUGGCCAUUUGUCUUUUAGCCCAGUAUCGCGAACUCUGAUUGGCAGCAGUUCUCCAGGGUCCCAGGCAGAAAGACCUUAUCUGCUACUUGAGAUGGUUUUAAAGAGAUAUGCCAGGGAUUGAACCUAAGCCUUUCUGCAUCCAGAGUAUACACCUGACCCCUGAGCUAGGAAAUCCCUCUCCUGUUCAGAAUUGUUGUCAAACGCUGCAUGUCUUUGUCUGUUUCAGCAAGCGGUGGGGACUACUGGCGCAUCCUGAACCCAGGCGAAUACCGCGUCACAGCCAGAGCGGAGGGCUACAACCCCAGCGUCAAAACCUGCAGCGUCUUUUACGACAUCGGAGCCACCCAGUGCAACUUCAUCCUGUCGCGGUCCAACUGGAAGCGCAUCCGAGAGAUCAUGGCCAUGAACGGGAACAGGCCCCUCGGAAGACCUAUGCCGGGGGGGCGGCCCAUGACCCAAAGGGAGCGCCUGCGCUGGAGGAUGAGGAUGCGGCAGAGAGCUCGCCUGCGCCAGCAGAUGCGCAACCGCCUGCGCAACGCCGCCACAAGCGCUCCCCCCACGACGCUCCCAACCACAGAGGUCCCCUUCUCGUUCAGCAGCACCACGCUCCCGCCUUGGAGCCGAGAGCCGCCCACUACCGAAACUGCCACCACCUGGGAAACAGAGGUCUACACGGAAACUGUGACUGAGUGGGAGACAGUAGCCGAUGACAUAACAGAGAAGGAGACCUGGGAGGAGACCACGGGCACCGCUUUCCCCAUGACUACGGCAGAGACGUACACCGUGAACUUUGGCGAUUAGCUCCAGCCAGCCAGCUUGCUAUGACUGUAGGCCAGGAACACUCUGAAGACAUUCCCAAAGCUUCUCCUCACUCCAUUUCCCUGGAGCAGAUGCCUAUAGUUGGAUUAUCAUAGUACAGUAGGCAUCAUCACCUGCUUUUUAGAAUCCACUGAGACAUCCACUUAGCAGGCUAUGCCCACCAAGGAAUCCAUUUAGCAGGCUAUGCCAACCUUAGCAUUUACACCAUGGGCCAGGGAACCAGUGUCUCUGCAGAUGCUUGAUGGACAGCAUCCCCCAUCAUUCCCGACUACUGGGGCUGGGCUGCCUGAGACUGAUGGGAGCUGCAGCCCAAUAUCGUCUUGAGGGCCACAGGUUCCCCAUUCCUGCCUUCCACCACUUCUCAAGGCGCACAUCUCGAGGGUUAACAACUCCGCUUGCUUUAAAGGGGUAUCGGUCCAAUGCUACAGCAACCUAACAUUUGCCAAAUGGGAAACGGAGGUGAGUAGCUGAGCUGGGCUCUGAAACAGAAAAUAGGCCAAGAACAGAAUCCUCUCCCCCAGCUGAUUACACGAAGCACAUCUAUGUUGAGGUGUUCUUUCCUCCACCUCACUUUUGCCCUGAACAGUAAGUACUCUUUGCAGCAGGGGUAGCCAAGGCCAUACUGGCCAGGGCGGAUGGGAAUCGAGAUCCAACCCCUGCUAGGGGUAACUACAUUGGCUAUCCCAGUUUAAAAGUGUGGUAUGAGAUUUGAGGAACUGGGAGGGAAUGAAUGCAAACCCAGCCAACAUCCAGUGACCCAGAAUUCCAUGCUCCCUGCCCUGAAUGCAUUAGAAUUAAAAAACAUUAGGUGGCAUUAUGUAUCUUCAGA